GCGGGGGCGGGGACGGGGGCAGGUCGGAGGCGGCAGCAACCCUGGGGAUUCUGACAUCUCCGGACUCGGAGAGCGAGAGAGGAGCGUCCGGCGGGAGAGUACAUCACCAUCCUAUGUCCGACCCCAUCCAGGAGGGUCUCCUCCGCGCCUCGCUCCAGACCAGCAGCGUCACGCCCGCGUGGACUACCUUGCAGUCCGUCCCCGGCACCACUGAGGACCACCGGGGGAACGGGAGCAGGAGCCACCUUUCCUGCCGCAGAGCCCCAGGAGAGAGUGAGUGGCAGGGCGUCCCAGCAGCCGCUCCUCACCCCCACACCAGACGCGCAGCUAGCAGAGACUUGGACAGAGUCUGUGAGCCUGCAGGGAGCAGAGGGGCUCGGGGUGCCGUCGUCUUCCCAGGAGGUGGGCACCGAGCCGGCCAUGUCCUCCGAGGACCUCCCGCUCAUCUUCGAGCCCUUCGAGGACGCCACGCCAGGGGGGGCCAUGGCCACGGCUCCCCCUCCUGGGGCAGAGUUGGCAUCGCAGCCGUCUGCCCCCGCCGAGCUGGCGACGGGCACGCUGACGGAGACAGACCUCGAGCAAACGGUUACCAUGGACGCAGACCGAGCCCUCUCGGAUAUCCCUCCCCCGGGAGUUGCCGAGUGGCCGUCGCCAUGGCAAACGUCUGGCGUGGAGAUGGCGGAGGCUGUCGAGCCGUCUCGUCAGCCAAUCAGCACGGCGUAUCCUGGGAGCCCAGCGGACCGCACUGGUGCUGACAUCACCCAGAACCCCAAGAGGACUCCUCCCACCUCCUCUGCCACCCUAUCAGCCAGCGUCACUCAGCAAAGCCCCAUGGCAACUGUUUCCAAGGCAGCACACUUUCCAGUGGCCAGACCGAAAUCUGGGCUGGAGGGGCUGGAGUCUGAGGAAGAGGAGGAUGAGGAGAACGAGGACACAGAGGACUCGGAGGAGGAAGAGGGGGAGGAAGAGGAGGAGAGCGACGAGGACCUGACGGGCGCCGCGGCUCCAGCUCCCACCCGCCCUCCAUACAGCCUCAUCCCCCCUCCUCCCGUGUGGGUGCAGCGGAACCAGGGCCUGGCUCGCAGCUGGGUGGAGCUCAUCCGGGAGAAGGCAGGAUACGUGUCUGGCAUGUUGGCCCCGGUGGGCAUCGGUAUAGCCGGGGCUCUGCUCAUCGUGGGAGCCCUCUACAGCAUCAGGAUGAUCCACCGCAAGAGGAAGAACAGCUUCAAGCACCAGCGGAGGAAGCAGCCUAGUGAGGUGCGCACCGGACAGGACCAAGCCAUGCUACUGGCCGACAGCUCAGAGGACGAGUUCUGAGGCACGCACCGACACCUGUCGUCAUGGAGAAGAAGGGGUGCUGUAACCAUGACACCCCCCCCCCCUCACUGGGCCACCCAAGCAACACACACACGCACGCACGCACGCACGCACGCACGCACACACACACACACACACACACACAAACACACACACACACAGUUGUUUCAAAAGAGAAAGCUCUCCCAGACACCAUUCUUCAUGCUUUGUCUGAUUAGCCACACAGCCGCUAACUCUGGCCCUUCCAGCGGAUCCACAUGAGACGGGCCCAUUCUGGGUCUGCAGACACAUUCACAGCCAGUCUUAACAGUCCACUGACCAGUCCUACCAGUCCACUGACCAGUCCACUGACCAGUCCACUGACCAGUCCUACCAGUCCACUGAC